CUUAUAUUCCCACAUGGGCAUUUGGGCGAAAAUUUGAAUCUGGGAAAAACAUUUCAAGAAUACCUGAACAAAACUUUGGACUUAUAAUUGGUUUGCUAGGAUCGUCACCAGCUGGAACAUUAAAGUUUGACCUUCGAGGGUUUGAAAUGUAUCUCCCUGACGAAAUAAAACCUGAAUUCAUGAAAACAUAUAAUGAAGUAUUAGACAAACAUGGUGAACAUGGAAAGGAUGUUAUUGAAAAAAUUCACCCACUCCCGCCAACAAAUAAUCAUAAUUUUACUUAUCAUAUUUAUCCACCACCAUAUGAACUUGGUAUUAACAGUUUACGAAAUCUUCAAAUCCUAGAUCCAGCACCUAGUAAUGAAAUUCCGAUGUAUCCGUUAACUAAUCCAAGUCGAAAGGUUGAUAUAAUUAUUGCUUUUAAUUCAGCACCUCAAGUUAUUGAACCUGAAUUGAUUGUUGAACAACAAAAUGAUUUUUGUAAAAGACGAGGAUAUGAUAAAAUAGUUCGAGAUAUUUCUAAUAAAUAUUGUGAGAUUUAUGACUAUAUUCCUAACAGUAAAGCAACUGGUCACAAUUUACAAGCUACAAUUCCAGUAGUAUUUUGUCAUUUGCCAUAUCUGAAAAAUGAUAAGGUUGAUCCUACAUUUGUGCCACUUAAAGCAAAAUUUGCAGAUACUUUAAAUUUUGUUUACACAACUGAACAAGUUGAUCUAAUGUUUAACGUAGCAAAACAAAAUUGGCUUGAAAGUGAACAUAAAAUCAAAGAAGUGAUCAUUGAAGAAUGGAAAAAGAAAAAACAUGCUCGGCUUUUAAAUAAAAACUAA